AUGAGGCGGUGCUGAGAAGUAUUCCGAGACAGAUCUGCGGUACUCAAAUGAAGCUCCCAUUCCGAACGGUCCUCAGUGCGAACAGCACCGCUCGGGAAAAACCUGCACUCCGCUUCUGCUCGACGUUACUUCGGGUAAAUGAAGCGUUCCGUCCAUGCGGAGGCUAGCGCUGGUUCUUCUGCCCUGUGCUCUCGCUGUACUGGUGCACUUGUGGUUGGCUCAACGACGGUGCCCCACGCCGCUGGAAGACGACGACACACUCUCGGAUGGAGUGGUACCGUCCUAUGAAGUUCUGGUGGGAGUUUUAUCAGCCAGACAGCAUUACACACUGCGACAAGCCAUAAGGGACACCUGGCUGGGCUACUUGCUCCAACACCCUCACUUCAAGCACAGAGUGGGGGUGAAGUUUAUUGUGGGCAAACAUGGAUGCGCCAUCCCAGAGGAGGACCGAGAAGAUCCUUACUCCUGCUCCCUACUCAACAUCACUGAGCCAGAGGCGGGACAGGAUUCCGAGAGAGAAAUCGUGAUGGUGCCGGACCCCACGGUGCUAGUCCCCUCUGACGUGUCCGCCGUUGCCCUGGAUUUUAAGGUGCUCCACCCGGUGGUGAUCACCAGGCUGGGGGUGUUUUCCCGAAGCGCCCACCCUGAAUUGAAGAGCAAUGUGACCGUAAAGCUUCUGCAGCUGGAUCAGGAGGAGGCGAUAGUAACGGCUCGCUUCAGUGGCAUCAGCACAGGCACCCUCGUAAGCGGAAUAUGGUAUAAACCGGUGGAGAAGUUCAUCUUGCCCAAGGGAUUUGAGGGGACGCUAGUAUGGGAGAGUUCCGACUCAGACGUACUGACCACAGUCAACUCAUCCUGCGUGCAGCUCAAUGAUGGAGGAGGCGUACUCAAGUUUUCCUCGAUUGCAGAAGGCAUACUGCCCCACAGAGGUGCUCUUGGAUUUCCUGGCCUGGCCGGAGGAUUCACCUUUACCAUUUACGACAGGAGCAGUCUGUCUGAGCACCUGCGGGGUCGUCCAUCCAGGAUGGAGCGCCACGCCGCAGGGCUGAGACAGGAGGACGCCGCCUUGAAGCAAGAAAGCCUAAGGCACGGCGACAUGGUGUUUGUAGAUGUGGUGGACACCUACAGGAGCGUGCCUUCCAAACUGCUUCAGUUCUACAAAUGGUCUGUGGGCAACAUUGACUUCAGUCUGCUUCUGAAGACUGAUGAUGAUUGUUACAUUGACGUGGACUCGGUAUUAAUGAAGAUUGAGCUCAAGGGUCUCAAACGCAGCCAUUUCUGGUGGGGAAAUUUCAGACAGAGCUGGGCGGUGGAUCGCAUUGGAAAGUGGCAAGAGCUCGAGUACGCCAGUCCCGCCUACCCGGCCUUUGCGUGCGGAUCGGGCUAUGUGGUGUCACGUGACCUGGUGCAGUGGCUCGCCAGUAAUGCAGAGAGUCUAAAGGCCUACCAGGGAGAAGAUGUGAGCAUGGGCAUAUGGAUGGCAGCUGUUGGACCUCAGAAGUAUCAGGAUCCCAGCUGGCUCUGUGAAAAAGAAUGCUACCUGGACAUGCUGUCGUCCCCGCAGCACACGGCACAGGAGCUUCGUGUCCUUUGGGACAGGAAGAGGACGUGUGGUGACCCGUGUGGUUGUCCUUGGGGACAGUAAGGUUUGGCUCCACGUGCAAAACUGCGUACUUGUGACACGUAGGCGUCUGCGCUUACUUCAUACCUCAAUUUGUCAUUUAGUUGUCUAAAAGUAAACACUGUAUUUCCAUUGAGUGUUUUUAUGAACGAUCAUUUCUGAUACUUGGCACAAAAAAGAAACAAUGGCUUUUCUUUGCUUUUUCGCUGCCAUGACUGUCGUGCCACCCAGUUGUCAUUGUACAAGGUAGUGAGUGACGUUGCCUUAUUGUAUUUGUAAUAGCAGCAUAGAUUCUACGUGGACAAAUCAAUGUAAAAUUUGCGACCCAUACUUUUGGAACUUGACUCCUUUGCAGGACAUAAAAAAACCAUCAAAGAAAUGAAAAUGUUUCUUGCGUACUUUGGACCGAGAUGCACAUUUAUAUUUUUGUUGGCUCCACGUUUACUUGGUAUCCUUUCAUUUGCCUUCCAGCUCAACAACUGUGAAGCAGCAGGUGUACCAUUUAGAUUCUGAAGUCCAUUCUUUUUAUAUCGAAAAAAGGGAUAGAAAACCACUCUGCAGCAGAGUGCCGGUUGUUUUCUUGAGACAUCAUGAGCACGUGGAAUAUUUUGGGGCAACCAUUUAGUUCUAAUCUAUUUCCACAGUGGCACUGAGUUUGCACCUCCACAGAUUUGAAUAAAAAUGUGAUUGUAGUGUAGAAUUUCGGCUUUAAAAGGUUCCACGAAAACAAGGCAUUUUGAAUAGCAGCUAUUUUAUGCAGAUCUAUUUUCAGGCCUCACCUCCACUUGUUCCUUGUUUGUGGGUCCUGUUGCCUACACUUUUGUCUUCAGUAAGUAAAAGGCACACUAUUUGAAUAUUAUUGUUAUUUUCAUUCUUUUUUUUUUUUUUUCUUCUCCAAGUUGUUAUGACGGUAAGAAAAAUACAAGCACGGCAUCAAUGGAUUACAUAAGUUAGGCAUAUUGCUAAUGAGCCACUCGUACUGUAAAAGUAAUGCAAGGUUUUUUUCAAGGCAAAAAAGUCUAAUGCUCUCCAAUGGCAAAUCAAAUCACUUUUGAGCAAGUGGUCAAAUGUCACAGUGGUGGCAAAAUAAAAAAUCUCUGUCAUUGUUCAAAUACAUAUGGACCUGGAAUGUGAAUAUCUUUUUUGAC